ACCCUGGAGUACGAUUCACAUAGACAUUGUGAAAUCCACGUGGUCAAUUCAAUUCCAGUUCGACGUGCAGUUCCAAAAUCAUCACCGUCAUGGGGACGAAUCCGAGACGAACCGAGGCUCCAGCUCUCAGAUUUAGCCAUGCUUCUCAUCUGAAGCUUGCCUGUCUUCUCGGGGUGUUGUACUCACUAUCAGUGAUUCAGGCUCAGGAUGUUCACUCCCGGUGCGGAAACUUGACUCCGUCACCUACUCUGACACCAUUCGUGCAGCCACUGCCUAUACCUGUGGAAAUCGACAUCUCCACAGGGUCUCAGCUGACUUUGGGUGCUUACAAGAUUUCCCAGAGCGUCCAUCCAGACCUUCCGAACACGACAUUCUACGGAUACGGGACGAGUCAAGACACAGCCACAUCUCCGGGCCCGACUCUGAACGCCAGGAGGAAUGUGGCCUCGUUCAUUCGGUUCGAGAAUCACAUCACCGACGCGGAGCACAUUCUGACCGUGGACAAGACGCUGCACAGAGCGACGCCAGCGAACGGAGGCGUGCCGAUGAGCGUGCACCUGCACGGCGCCGACGCCGAGGGCAAGUUCGACGGGCACCCGGAGGCCUGGUUCACGGCGGCCGGCGACAAGGGCCCGACCUUCAUCGCCACGAACAACACGUACCCGAACGAGCAGCCGGCGAGCCUUCUCUGGUACCACGACCACACUCUGGGCUACACUCGGCUCAACGUGGUAUCCGGGCUGGCCGGGCUGUACUUCAUCCGCGGGGGAUCCGGCGAGCCCGGUUCUCUGCCCGAAGGACGGUACGAGAUCCCGCUGGUCAUCCAGGACAAGCAGUUCUACCCCAACGGGUCCAUCAACUUCCCGGACCUCGGGUCGCCGCUGUCGCCCGCGCACCCGCAGUGGUGCCCGGAUUAUUUCGGCGACACGAUUCUGGUGAACGGCAAAGCCUGGCCCUUCCUCGACGUGGUCGGGGCCGUGUACCGCUUCCGCAUUCUGAACGCGGCCAACGCUCGAGCCUUCACUCUCUCGUUCAGCGACAGCCGCCUCCAGUUCGUGCAGAUCGGCACGGACGGCGGCUACAUGUGGGCUCCCCAGCUGCUGCAGAAUCUGACCAUGGCUCCUGCUUACAGAGUCGACGUCCUCGUGGACUUCUCAAGCGUUCCCGUCGGGACGACGGUGUAUCUGAACAAUACUGCUCCGGCCCCGUUUCCUGAUGGGGACCCGAUCAAUAGUCCUCCCAGCACCAGGCACGUCAUGAAAUUCAAUGUCGUUCAGUCCAUACCCGGGUUGCCUGCGCAGAGUGUGGUCAUUCCUACUUCCAUCGGGUCCGCCCUAGCACCGCCGCCUGGAUAGACUCGGCGGUGUACAGAAAUGUGACCUUGGAUGUGGUUCUGCCGCCGGACCUGACGUUUCUGCUGAAUAAGAAUCACUGGGAUGAUCCUGUCACCGAGACGCCGAAGCUUUACACGACCGAGAUUUGGGAUAUCAUUCACCUCAUUCCGGGCGGCAUUCAUCCGAUCCACAUUCAUCUCAUCAACUUCCUCGUGUUGCAUCAGCAGGCGUUCGAUCUGACUCGGUUUAACGGUGGCCUGUGUUCGCUCCUGCUGUCAUAUCCGGAGUCCCUCAGCUGCUACACUGAGGCCCCGCAGCCUCCGGACGCCACUCAAGUCGGCUGGAAGGACACCGUGGUCGUCUACCCGGGCACGAGACUCAGAAUUCUGAUGAAUUUCGCGCCCAGAGACUGGCCGCAAUUACACGUUCGAUCCCACCACGUUCCCCGGUUACGUAUGGCACUGUCACAACCUGGACCACGAGGACCAUGACAUGAUGAGGCCGCUCCGAAUUCUGCCUGCAGCAUCUUGAGUCCACCUUCCGCCUCCAGCAUCUAGAAAUCGGACCACUUUAGACGUCCAUUCUCUCGACAUCUGCACAUAGCUCACAACCAUGUUCUGCACCGUCGACAAGUUUGAUGGCCUCUAGCUUCAGCCGAAUCCGGAGGAAGAAUCGAAAUGGAUGAGAGCCAGGCGCCAAAAGCACGUAAGAACGCGCUACAUUUCACUUUCCUGAUCA